UCAAAGCCCUAAAAGAGAAAACCUCAUGGGAAGAAAAGAAAAAUUAUAGUAACUUACAAAAACUUAAGACCCAAUUAAAGCCGCUCCAUAGAGCAUAAAAAGUGAAACAUUUUCAAGAUUGAACCAAGAAUUAGACAGUUCAGUUGCAGAUACUUUUACAACUCCAAAUGGGCAGACUGAGGUGGACAGGAGUUUCCCCAAAAUCUAUCAUUCAAAUUGUUUUGUCACAGCACUCAGUUUCUGCAAAUUCAAUGAUCAAUAAAGGGAAUGUGUGUUCACAUGUUUCAGAAUAUCUACCUACAUUACUUAAAAAUCGAUCUUUGUACAGUUGCAGUUUUAUUGGUAAACCUAAUAGUUCUUCGACUAGGAGAUUUCCACCGUUGAAGCAUUUUUUCCAUUCCACCGGAGCUUGUUAUUCUGCAGAGCGAGAUUACUAUGAAAUUCUAGGCGUAUCUAGAGAUUCUAGUCGAGAUGAGAUUAAGAAGGCUUUUCAUGCGCUUGCAAAAAAAUACCACCCAGAUGCCAAUAAGAAUAAUCCAUCUGCGAAGAGGAAAUUUCAAGAGAUAAGAGAUGCAUAUGAGAUUUUGCAAAACCCACAGAAGAGAGCACAAUAUGACAUGAUGAAGGAGCAACCAAGCAACACAGAAAAUAUAAAUUAUAAUUAUGGGAAUGGCAAUGAUUUUAGAUAUACAUAUAGCGCACAAUUCUCUGAUUCGUUUCAGAAAAUAUUUUCUGAGAUAUUUGAAAAUGAGGCUGAAAAUCUGACGCAAGACAUUCAGGUGGAGCUUUCUCUCUCUUUUUCUGAAGCUGCUAAAGGAUGCACAAAACAUCUUUCAUUUGAUGCAGAUGUACCAUGUGAUUCUUGCAAUGGUUUGGGCUAUCCAUUGAAUUCAAAGCCAAAAGUAUGUCCAACUUGUCAAGGAGUUGGGAGAGUUACAAUCCCUCCAUUUACAGCAACUUGCAGUACCUGUAAAGGAUCUGGACGAGUCAUUAAGGAACGUUGUAGGGCAUGCAAAGCAUCAGGAGUUGUUGAAGCCAUUAAAGACGUUAAAGUAACUAUACCUGCCGGUGUUGACUCUGGUGAUACUAUUCGUGUGCCAAAAGCUGGUCAUGCUGGCAGGCGAGGGGUGCAGCCAGGCAGCUUAUUUAUAAAGCUAAAGGUUGCUAAAGAUCCUCUAUUUGCUAGAGAAGGAGCUGACCUUUAUGUGGAUUAUCAUAUCAGCUUUACAAAAGCUAUCCUUGGUGGUAAAGUUGAGGUACCAACUCUAUCUGGAAAGACAGAGAUACAGGUACCCAAGGGGGUUCAGCCUGGACAACUUGUGGUACUACAAGGCAAAGGUUUGCCAAAGAGUGGAUUUCUGGUGAACCAUGGAGAUCAAUAUGUGCGGUUCCGUAUUGACUUUCCAACAUCAUUGAAUGAACGGCAGCGUGCUAUAAUGGAAGAAUUUGCACAGGAGGAAGUUAUUAAUGGAGAUUACAUGGAUGGAGAAGUAAAUUUGCUUUACCAGCAGCUCUCUACUGGUUGAACUUACAGGUGGCAGCAGUUGCAUGAACGCGUAUCAAACCCAAAGUUUGUGGUUGAAUUCUCACUCUUGAUAGUGAUCCUUCUGUUGUUAAUCAAAACACUGUGAUUGUGGAGGCGUCAGCUGUCCUCGGCAGUUACAAGAAUCCCUGAUCCAGCUGCUUUCAACAUCAUACCUGCACAGAGUUUGCUAGUCUCCGGCCUCAAACUGAUCUGGAGAGAACUAACUUCCUACAAUGGAGUGAAACUCCCAAACGUCUACCGUCCUGGUAGCUAUAUCACAUACACAUGGUAGAACCAUUUUCUACUGUUCACUUUUUGCAUCGAGUUCAGAUUAUUUACUACUAGCAUUUAACAUGCCUAUAUAGUUCUCAAAAUAAAAAAGGAAGUGCCUAUUUUAUCCAAGGCCUUUUUAUGAGAAAGUUGAGUUUCAGUAUAUGGUUAGAAGUGUUCCUGUAUUUCUACAUACAAUAAUUGUAGAGAAUUCUCACAAGUCUCUUGAAAUUUUUCAUAGUUCCAGUUGUAGUCUAAACAUGUUCUAUAUGUAUUUUUUGGGAACUGUGGAGAGGGAAAAGUUCAUGGGAUCCUACUCCCUUUGUUUGUUCGAAGAAAUAUAAUUUUCUUUUUCUGGUUUC